CUCCAUCUCCACUUCUGGUCGGGGCGCCGCCUCCUCUCCACCUCGUUCUCCCCUCCUCCCACUCCGCCACCUCCACUCCGCUGCACCCAGCCGCUCCGAGGACCAUCGAUGAGGCGAGGAGAGCGGUGCCAUCGGACCCGCCGACCCGGAGCCCGCGCCCUCCUGACCAAGCACCGUACGCCUCCUCCCCCGUCCCCGGCCACGCCGGCCGCCAUUGCAUCAUCGCACAAAAUGCGAGCUCGGCUGAUGGAUUGCAUACUAUUUGGCUAAGUUGUUUUGUUCUAAAGAUACAAUCGAGCUGAAGACUUCUUUUGUAUGGAAAUUCACUAUGGAAACCGAAAUAAUGGAUACUGAAUCAACAGUUACACUGAAGUUUGAUGAUGUGUGAGUCGCAGAAACUGAAAGAAUAAGCAUUAGUCCUCUGAGAAGAGGUUGACAUUAUAUGCCCCUUCAGUGCUCGCUUUUGUCUUCCCCUGAUGUUCAUUGUCUCAAGGCUACUGGGCUAGGAGUAGUCAUAUGCAAGUUCUGGCUAUCGCCCCUAUCCUCUUUCCUGCAGUCUGUACUUCCUGCUCAAUUUGCAAUGCAUGAUGAGAGAGAUAUGGCGAGGGAGGUGGCGAGGAAGUCGUUGGUGAUCUUGAAGAAUGGCAAGACGCCGAGCGAUGCCCCGCUGCACCAACUGCCCAAGACGCCGAGCGACGCGCAGCUGCUGCCGCUGCCCAAGAAGAUGACAAGCACAAAUGAUGGUUUGAUCUGUGUGUAGUUGCAUUGUUUAUUUCUUAAUCAGUGGAGAUCAUUUUUAUUAAUUAUUUUGACACGACCCCUAUGCUUUCUG